AUGAGAUUGUUCAUUCAACCUAUCCGGGCAUUGCGCCCAUUUCGCAUGCACCGAGGGACAUCAACGACAAUGACGCCCCGACUUCAUUAUUCAAGUGCAGCUUCAACUGGCCAUCGUGCUCCUCCAUUAGCUGGUAUCACUGUUGUGAGCUUGGAGCAAGCCAUUGCCGCUCCCUUUUGCACUCGCCAGUUAGCUGAUCUGGGAGCUCGUGUUAUCAAAGUCGAACGACCGGGCGUUGGCGAUUUUGCUCGUCAAUAUGAUGAUCGUGUCAAUGGAAUGUCUUCGCAUUUCGUCUGGACCAACCGAUCAAAGGAGAGCUUGGCGCUUGAUCUGAAAAGCAAGGAGGACCAUGCGGUGUUGAUGAGACUUUUGGAGAAAGCGGAUGUCCUCGUUCAGAAUCUGGCGCCAGGCGCAAGUGCACGCUUGGGUUUAUCGCAUGACGCCUUGAAAAAGAAGCACCCUGGUUUGAUCGUCUGCGAUAUCUCCGGAUAUGGCCAGGAUGGUCCGUAUCGCGACAAGAAAGCGUAUGAUCUUCUCAUUCAAAGUGAAGCAGGAAUGUUGUCCGUCACCGGUACCCUGAAGGAGCCGACAAAGGUGGCCAUCUCCAUUGGAGAUAUUGCUGCCGGUAUGUAUGCAUACACCAAUAUUCUUUCUGCUCUGCUUCAGCGUGGAAAGGACGGUCAAGGCUGUCGUAUCGACAUCUCUAUGCUGGAGAGCAUGGUCGAGUGGAUGAACUUUCCAAUGUACUAUGCCUUUAAUGGUGCCCCUGGCCCAGUGCCUUCGGGAGCAUCUCACGCUUCUAUUUAUCCAUAUGGACCAUUCGAAGCCAGUGACGGUCAGGUCAUGCUAGGAAUCCAGAAUGAAAGAGAAUGGGUCAAAUUCUGCUCCGACGUCUUGCAACAGCCUGAUUUGGCCGCAGACUCUCGAUUUUCCAGCAACACAAUGCGGACCAAGAAUCGUGAUGAACUAAAAGCGAUUAUCUGCGAUGUCUUCUCUCAUCUCACGGCCGCGGAGACUAUUAAGCGUUUGGAGGCGGCCUCGAUUGCGAAUGCAAACUUGAAUGACAUGCAAGGUGUCUGGAAACACGCACAGCUUAAGGCUCGCGAUCGCUGGGUCGAUAUUCAAACUCCAGUCGGCCCUGUACCGGCGCUUCUUCCACCAGGCUCCACAAAGUCAGCUAAGCAGGGCGGCUAUGGGGCUCAAAUGGGCUCGGUUCCGAAGGUUGGGGAACAUAAUAAGGAUAUUCUGGCGGAGUUGGGGUUGGUAGAAUAA